CUAAUGCCUGUCAUAUGACUGUGACACCCAUGGAGACAGUUACAAGGAACAAGAUUUGCUCUUGGAUUUGAAAAGAAAAAGAGACCUUCUGUACCGAAUUUAUUUUGGUACAAAAUGCCUCCGACUCUCUUCCAGAAACUUUUCAACAAGAGAAAUGCGUUUUCGUCGCCGCCCCCGAGAUGUAGCAAAGAGGACCCAGCUUUCAGCUGGCCGAUACCCCAGUUGGAGCCCAGUCAGAUCAGGUUGAUAGUGUACCAGGACUGUGAGAGGCGUGGCCGAAAUGUCCUCUUCGACUCCAAUGCCAAAAAGAGGGGAGCAGAGGAAACCCCCAUCACUAGCACUGAGGGCCAGGGGAAGAUGUUUGGGAAAUGCUGCCAGCUCCGUCCUACAGGAGGCAGCAGCAGUUCCUUGGACAGCUCCUCCUCCUGCACCUCCGAAACCAAGGAAACCAAGGAGCAGGGCCUCCGCUUCCAGGGUUCGAGGUGUUCAUCCGAUGUGGUGAUGCUGGGGGAAAUGAUGUUUGGCUCCGUAGCCAUGAGCUACAAAGGUUCCACAUUAAAAAUCCACCAGAUCAGAUCGCCACCUCAGCUGAUGCUGAGUAAGGUUUUCACCGCCAGGACAGGGGGCAGUGUGUACGGCAGCCUCAACACGUUACAGGACAGCCUGGAGUUCAUUGGACAGGACAGCAACACCUUAAGGCCUGAUCAAAACACUGGGCCCAACAGUCUGCUCGGGAACAUAGGAUUUUCUCAGCUCUGCAGCCCUCGACGGGCCUUCUCUGAACAGGGCCCUCUGCGUCUUAUCAAGAGCGCAUCUUUCUUUUCAGGCCACAGUCAUCCCAUGGACAUGCCUGGCCGAGGGUUGUACGACGAGAGGGACAGCGGCAUCGCCAGGUCAGCUUCUCUGAGCAGCCUGUUGAUCACUCCCUUCCCAUCUCCGGGCUCCUCCUUGAACAGCAGCUGUGCAUCUAGCUACCAGCGGCGAUGGCUCCGGAGCCAAACCACCAGCCUGGAGAACGGCGUCUUCCCUCGAUGGUCGGUGGAGGAGAGCUUCAACAUGUCUGACGAAAGCGGGGGACCAAGCCUGGGCGUGGCUCGGAAGAAGAAGAUCGCCAUCGGGGUCAUCUUCAUGCUCUCCCCCAACCCUGAGGAGAACAACCGCUUCCAAGAUUUCUUUUUCUCCCACUUCCCUCUUUUUGAAAGCCACAUGAACAAACUCAAGAGCGCCAUCGAACAGGCCAUGAAGAUGAGUCGUCGGUCAGCUGAUGCCAGCCAGAGGGCCUUGGCUUACAGCAGAAUGGUGGACAGCCUCAAUGACUUCAGGAAUACCAUCUGCGACCUCUACACCAUGCCCCGGGUGGCCGAGCCCGUCUGGUUAACUAUGAUGUCCGGAGCGUCGGAGAAGAACCAGCUCUGCGGUCAAUUCAUGAGGGAGCUCUCCCUGCUGAUGGAGCAGGCCUCCAAGAACCAAUUCCUCCCUGCGUUAUUGACGGCCAUCCUGACCAAUCAUCUGGCCUGGGUGCCCACUGUUAUGCCCAAUGGGCAACCCCCAAUCAAGAUCUUCCUCGAGAAACACUCCUCCCAGAGCGUCGACAUGCUGGCAAAGACGCACCCCUACAACCCACUCUGGGCACAGCUAGGUGACCUGUACGGGGCCAUUGGUUCGCCGGUGCGGUUGUCACGGACAGUGGUGGUUGGUCGCAGACAGGAGCUGGUCCAGAGACUCCUGUAUGUCCUCACCUACUUCAUUCGCUGCUCUGAGCUGCUGGAGACUCACAUGCUGGACAGCGCUGAGGAUGAGGCUAUUGUCAUGCCCGGCUCCCUCAUCACCACCUCCCUGAGGAAAGGAGAGGUGGAGGAGUCAGACUAUGUCCUGGUUACUGUCCAUAAACCCAGUGGGGACUACCUGUCCCAAGGGGUUCACAGACGGCAGACUGAGGCAGAUGACAGCAUCUACCCUUCAGACAACAGCCUCCAGAGCAGCACAUAUACAGACACUGAUAUCGAGCAUGGCGCCGGGGAAACACCCAAGGAGGAAGAUGAGGAGGAUGAGGAAGACGAGGAGGACAGCAGUGAGAGUCAAGGGUCCAGGAGUAGUGUGCUUCACACGGGACACAGUCCUAUUUUCAGAACUGCAGAAGCAGCUGAACCUGCAGAGCUGCACAGGGAGUCUAGCAGCCCGCUGGCCACAGAGGCCCGACUGGAGACGGUGUUGCGUGUUGGCUCGGCCUCCCCCAGUGAGCACGUUUGUGGGCUGGAUGUAGAUGCCAAGGGUGACGUGAAACUUAUUGUCCCGUCCAUACCCACAAUCCUUGCAUCAGGUCCAUCCCCAGCUUCUGUCACCACAGAGGUUAAAACCUCAGGGAUGGAAAUUGGGAUGGAUGCAGGGAUGGGGAACCAGCCCAACAAAGUGCUGGCUACUCGGCCUUUAGGGAUCCCUCUGGAGAAGAAGCCCCCAGAUAAGAAUCUGGCUGCUGCAUUGCCAGUACCUGGGAUACUGGGGAGUGCUGUGACAGGGCCCAUGGUUUUGAGUCUAGCAGAGGAGCCAGCAACAAAAGUCACUUUCCUCAUCGGAGACUCCAUGUCUCCUGAGUCGGACACAGAGAGCCGCAGAAGGAAGGUGGAGGAGGAUUUCAAAAAGCACAAGAAACACCUCAAGGACAAAUAUCUGCUUCAGCAGCAGCAGCUGCUGCAUCAGCAACAACAGCAUCAUCAAGGGCAACAUUAUCAGCAGCUGCCGAGAGGAGUAGAUUCAAAGACCAGCAACACCAGUGCAUCAGAGGACCAAACCAAACAGACCAGGGCGGUUCCAGUCCUGCCGCGGGUGUCCACUAAGAUGCCCCAGUUGAGUCCAAAUUGUAUGGAUUUAUGUGAUUUUGAUAAGUAUUAUGUCCUGGAGAACCCUGUGGAGACUAGAACUAUAGACAAUCUGGCCAAACAACAGGAGGCCAGCACCACGGACAGUAUGCACAAAGACUUGCUGGACCCCUCAGGAGUCCCCCAACUUGGUGACUUGGGGAGUCACAGCUUUCAGGGCGCAGUUAGGGGUCAGGGUUUGGGUCUCUGUUUAGGUUCAGGCAGUGGUGAUGUAGGGUCCAUCAGGAAGGGAGACACCUUGUUGGAUGUCCAGAGGAGGUGCAGGUGUGGGUCUACAGACUCUGCUGACACCUGCUGCUGCCAGGGCUAUUGUGCUGAGCAGAACAAGGGCCUCAUGUUGUCAGUCCCCGUUCCCCAGGAUGGAAGCAGCAACAGCAAAGAGGACCAAAAGCGCAAGGAGAUGCCUGUCAAUGAUUGGGAGAUACCACGCAAUGAGAGCUCAGACAGCGCACUGGGGGACAGUGAGAGUGAGGAGACAGAGGAUUGGCAGGAGGAAGUGAUGGUGCCGUUCCCAGGGUCAAAGCUGGUGGAGAACUACUCUAAGCCAAGCAUUGCCAAUUUUGGCCGGUCUCUGUUUGGAGGCUACUGCCCCACCUACGUGCCAGACUUUGUACUGCAUGGGAUGCCCAGCGACGAGAAGCUACGGCAGAGCCUUAUGGCUGAUUUAACCCAUGCUGUUCAGCAUCCAGUAUUGGAUGAGCCUAUAGCCGAGGCCGUCUGCAUUAUAGCAGACACAGACAAGUGGACAGUGCAGGUGGCCAGCAGUCAGAGACGAGCCACAGAUGUCAACAAGCUGGGGAAGGAAGUCCUGGUGUCCAGUCUUGUCUCCAGUUUAUUACAGUCCACCCACCAGCUCUACAAACUCAACCUUUCACCCAACUUUUGUAUAAUGCACCUUGAGGACCGCCUGCAGGAAAUCUACUUCAAGAGUAAGAUGCUUGCUGAGUAUUUGAAGGGCCAGACAAGAGUCCACGUGAAAGAACUGGGCAUGGUUUUAGGAAUUGAGUCCAGCGACCUUCCCCUGUUGGCUGCAGUGGCCAGCACUCACUCCCCCUAUGUGGCCCAGAUCCUACUGUGAAACUGUAAUGUCACCAAGGUCGUAAAACCAGUCAGACCUGGGUGGUGCCACUCUGGCCUCAAAAUACGCCCGUCCAUGCUCUGCAGCUGACCCCGACAUGGUUUCCUGACCCCCGGGCUGAGUGCGGACUAUGCCCUGAGCGUGCGCGUGAGCAGUGAACAUCUUUAUGGACCAUGGCCAGAGCUUCCCCCUCACUACCACUGCUGCUGAAUUUGGUGCAAUUCUGACAUUGUACCACAGGGGGGAGCUAAAGACCACAGUCCACAGAUAGAGCGAGGGUCUGCGGAUGACUGAAGCAUCCCUGAAAUGACUUUCUCCUCUUGUUUGAAUGUUUCUUUUAAUACAGGACUCUCUUUUUUUGGACACAAAAGCCAAAGACUUUAUUAAUUUUUCCAGUUGGGAAUGAAACUUUAAAAUAUCUACAGUAUAAUAACAAUGGAUUUUGUUUCUUCUACUGCUUUGUUUUUUGUUUUUUUUUUCUGUACAAUCUUAAACCCAGUCGUACGAGGUGACGGACUACAUGUUUAAAAGGAAUGGAUGGACAUUUUUAAACUUUAUUUUGAGUUAAAUAUCAUUGAUAACAUUAUCAAUCUUAUGCCAAUUAUGUUAUUUCGUUUAUCUUCAUGUAUUUGUUUACAAGCCAAAUUUCCCUGAGAUAUCUCAAUGAUAAUUUUUUUUUUUUUUUUUUUUUUUUUUUUUUUAGUCAAAUUGCAAUACAGACCUGACUUAAAAGCCAUUUUUUUUGGCCAUGUGGGGGUAAUCGAUGCACACCGUGAUUUUUAGUUCUACAAACUGGUUUUGAAAUGGCUAAAAGUGGCUUUGACAUUCUUAUCAUAGGUACAGCACUACCUCAGAUCUUCAUAUGGGCAGUGGAUGACACAUUUACAGUGGCCCCAUAGAAAACCCUGAGGUAUACUUUUUAAGCUAUUUUAAUCAGAGGAAUGUCAGCGUCAACUGUGUGCAGACUCUAUGCUGUGUUCUUUGAAAAAAAGGGAAGGCUGUUUGAUUCCUUAGGAUGAUCGUUACAUUAAAGAAAAGAAAAACGACAACAUAUUUUUGCUUCAGAAUGUGAUUUGAGAAGGGUCCCUGUCUACUGUGGAAAAGCUAAAACAUGCAUCAUCUACAUAUAUUUUAAAACCAAAAUGCUGAAAUAUUUUCACACUUUUAUAGCUUCGCCACCUUUGUGCGAUGUUUACGGCGUCGAUGUUUGCUACAAAGAGAGGAGUAUAGGAACACAGUAGGCCUUAUAAUGGAUUCAAAUAUGUAUCAGUUAACACUAUUUUCAAACACGUUUCUAUGACAGUUAUAUUCACAAAUAACACACGAAAUACAAAACUAUAGUAGCACACUUUUCUUUUUUUGAUUUUCCAUUACAUUGACAGGUAAUUUUGGUUGUUAUGUCAUAUAACCAGGGUGCGAUUUGCUAAGGGUUAAAAAGGGAGGACGAGUUGCUUUCACAGCUUCUGCUUUUAGAUUCUUUCCUGGGCAAGUGGGGCCAACGGGACAUUAUUUCAUUACUCCCAUUAUUUCUUGUUUUGUCAUGAGUUUGAUCACAGACAAAAUGCCCUAAUGGGUGACUCCUGUUAUCUUAUACAAACCAUGUUAAAAGCAGAGAUGUAUACAGUUUGCAUAUCCAUACAGUACUCUACCGUUGUACUGUGUUUUUAGCCCAACACAUUUACCUCAAUGGCGAGGGAAUUGCAGGCAGAGCGAAGUUUAAUUUAUCAAACAUGUUUUAUAAAACAAAUUUCUCCUGAGUGGUUUUUACUGAGUCACUUUUUUGACAAAUCCCAAAUUUGUUCGUGUUGUUAAAGAUUUGAAUGUGGCUCAGGCCUCUCAAACACUGUUUGUAACAGAGCCUAUUGGGGGGGUGGGCUUUAGGUACACGGUAUGUUAACCUGUACGCUGAGAAUGGCUUAUAUUGCUAGAAAAAGCAGGAAUAACUGGCAGUGUUACCCCGAGAACUGGACAGUGUUUUUCUUUCUAUAAACUCAAAUCGCACCCUGAAUAUAACCCGAGUCUUAAUGGGGCAUGAAUGCAUCACAGGCUUCUGGAGAGCUCAUUUUUGCUGGUAAAAUUGAUAUAUACAUGCUUGUUACUGUAUUGAAGAUGCUCCGCUUUAUCAGCCUAUAUUUUGUACAUCCCCGCCAUUAUGUUUAAAAGGUAUGAAUUUAUAUCUGCUUUUCCCUCUUUGUAUAUGAGUAAAUUAUUUAGUUGCCCAUGGUAUGUGUAGCAGUUUGUGUAAACUGUACAUACUCAAGUUUAUUUCCAUGUAUUUGUACAGAAUGUCUUUUAAGAAUUGUCUCCUCAAAUUAUUUUUAUCCCAAUUUUAUGGGAAUGUUGUGCAAUAAAGAUGCCGAUGUUGAGAAUUUA